AAAAGCACGGAAUUGUUGCCUGAGAGUUAUACUUCGCUGCUGGCUAUCCGGUGAGAGUGAGACAGAGAGAGUGGUAAGUGAGAGAGGAAGAGAGACGCAGAGAGUAGGUGCUUCGGGAGAGGAACAAGUGGAUUGAGUGACAGCUGUGGUAAACACCGUUUCAGGUCCCUACUGUUUAACCACCUCGGUACCAAUUGGUGGGCAGGUGGAGGAGCUAUGGGCUGCUAGCUGCCGCGCCGGGAUGCUGAAGGAGCGAGAGGCGAUGGGCCCCACAGCCGCAAGCCCGUGUCCCAGCGCUGAAGCCGCGGUGUGUGACGGCUGCGGUGGGCGCAUCACGGACCGCUACUACCUCGUCACCGUGGACCGCCAGUGGCACUCCGCCUGCCUCAAGUGCUGUGAGUGUAAGCUGGCGCUCGACUCGCAAGUGUCCUGCUUCGUGAAGGACGGAAAUAUCUACUGCAAGGAGGACUUCUACAGACUGUUUGCCGUGAGACGUUGCGAUCAGUGUCAAGCCGGUAUUCACGCCAAAGAUCUGGUGACGCGGGUCAACGACAGAGUGUACCACGUGGAUUGCUUCAUCUGCGCAUCUUGUGGCAUCGUUCUGCGACACGGCCAGCAAUUCAGGAUGCGCGACGGCCUGGCCUACUGCCUGCUUCACUACGAACUUCUGUACAACCACAAUGGCUACUGCGGCGGUGUCGACCUGGAGGCGGCCUUCAGGGCGGGAGACUCCCCGGCGCAGUACUAUACUAGCGGGGGCGGCGUUCAGAAAGGGAGACCGAGGAAGAGGAAGCUGUCGUCUACCGUCGAGACUGCAGACAUCCCGAUCACAAUGAGGCUACCAGCGGGUGCACUAGACCUGCUACAUCCUAGCGAGCUCUCGUCUUCAAUGGAGUCUCUGGCCUACGAUGCUUCCGUGGGGUCUCCUGGCAACGGCCAACAGCAGCGCACCAAGCGCAUGCGCACCUCGUUCAAGCACCACCAGCUGCGGACCAUGAAGUCUUACUUCGCCAUCAACCAGAAUCCUGACGCCAAGGACCUCAAGCAGCUGGCCCAGAAGACAGGACUUUCCAAGAGGGUGUUACAGGUGUGGUUCCAGAAUGCGAGAGCCAAAUGGAGGCGCAACCUCAUGCGACAGGACGCCGGCCAGCAGCAAGUGGGGGCGGGCAGCACCAACAGCACCGCCGCCGGAGGCCCCCCAUCGGUAGGCUCAGCCUCCGUCAUCCUGGGAGACAGCAAUAGCCUGCCUCCCUCCGAAGAGGUACACCAUCACCACCAUCACGCCCAGACAACGCAGACCCUCAGCUUCGGAGACCUGUACUAGCCACCCCGUUCACCGCACCGCGCGUGCGCGAUAGAGUUCCUACAGAUAUCCCCCCCGAAUGUAGCAGUGUACAUACGGAUCUUUCUCUAAGGUUUGUGACACAGGUUCAUACGAGGGCAAGAUGCGAUUAUGAUACAUAUGUCUCGACGUUAAUUCAUUCUCUCUCCCUCUGGAGCAUAGGACAUCUGUGAAACGGUUCCUUUCAUUUCGGUUUCUUAGACAGUCAGCAGGGCUCCUUGGACGGGGGAUCGGCCCUAUCACAAGCAGCUACCUGAACAGGACAACAAAAAACAUAGAAUGAAAGUAGACAAACAUUUAUGCCUCUAGUCGGAUUCGAACGCAUGACUCCAGUGUUCGAGCGGGUGAAGACAGUUGAUGACUUAGACCGUGCGGCCGGCCUCUGUGAUCAGUUUUCGACGUUUAGUAAAGGAAUAUUCAAUGAAUCCCGGACUGAAAUGAAACGAAAUGUAAGAUAAGUAAAUAAGCCGUCAAUAUGAGAUUAGAACCAACUUCCGAAACGUCGUGUACACUAUAUAUACCUCAGACAAUGUGUAAAAUAACUGUGUCUUGCCAUCGUCCGGCUUUACCCCAAUUCCGAGACGUAAGAAGAGAAGACACACAGGUUAGCAUAUGACGUAGCGGAGGAAGUGACAUCAUGGCUGCAUUUUAGUUGGAAAGAAUACUUAUCACAUUUCCUUUAUAGCAUUGGUAGGCCGCAGAGAAACAUUUGUGAUAUAUUCGUUAUAAUUUUUCUUUUUUAUUUGUAGGUCUUCGUGUAGUCUAUGUAACACAACUGCUGAUAUACAGGGCGAUUCUAAAUUAUUUCCGAGGUUCCAGUUUACAGGCCACGGAAAUACCGACAAUUUAGAAUCACCCUGUAUAUCUAACGUUUUUAAACCUGGCCACUCUCAGUGGAUUUGGUAGAAUCCACUAACUGACAUAAGGAUUGUAGUAUGUGCAUGGAUUAUGGCUGGGCCUUAGUUACAGUUAAGUUCUCUUCUUGCCAACAUCGAAGCUGCAACCACUGCCCCUUUACGUCUAAACAUCUUCAUUUCUCUUUAUGUCCAACCGGGGGCCAGGUAUAAAAAUACGGUCUGUAUGAUUUUAUUUCAUAUUUAAAUAUUUUUUCACGCUAAAAAUGUCAAUGUUCUGGUAAUCUUCUACAUUAUACUGGCCAGGAAUAACUUAAAAUAUACACUAUCCAAAACAUUUUUGAGGGCAUACCAUCAUUCAGCCUCGAAAUUAUUAAAAAUUUUAUUAUUGGUUUCAUGACGGUUGGUAUUAAAUCGUGAAAUCUAUAGACGACAGUUCCUAGGAUCACAGCAUAGGAGACUUGUUUUUUCUUCCGUAAAGUUGGCUGCCUGACGUAUGACGUACACUUGAAGAUGUCUUGGAGAAAGUAUAAGAGAUAAAGAUUGACCAAGAACUCAUGGCGAUUCCUUGCGUCAGGGGUUGCUUUGAAUUAGGAGGAAAAUGGACGGAGGCUGAAUGCUAUCUGCUAUCUAGUUUCCACAAUUCUCAUCCAACUAAAUGGACACUCAGUACCUAGGAUAGGCCACGGCCACUUCUUGCCAGAAUAUUUGUAAUUCACCUACAAGUACACCAUUUGACGAUGUGUAGUCAAGUUAUUGGAAACGUCGUAAAAUGGGACGCAAAAUAAAGAAAGAAAUUCACGGAUAAUUCGAACGAAUAUAUGGCUUCCAUCUUCACAGCCGAAGAUUAAGCCAAAGAACCAGUAAGAAGCAAACAGGCUCCCUUUGCUGCUCGUUUCUUGCUGAAUCUUCAUUCCUGAAUAUGGAGGCAGUAUAUUCAUCCGAAACGUCUGUGAAAUUAUGCCAGAGUACUAAGAAUCGCAUCCCACAAGGCAACCACUCUUUAUAGUUUAACGCUGUGAGAACCUGAAGUCCAAAGGUAAAAGUAAGGUUGUCCUUGUGCUUAAAUAA